CUAAACCUGAGUAAAUCCAUUGCCCAAAAUCUCACACAAGUGACUCAUAGAUAGCAGCUUUAUUAGCAUACUGUGCUGUAUAAAAGGAGAAGGAGAAGGAGAGGAGAGUAAAGGAAGCUCAAUACACCUAAAGGAAAUACAAUCAGAUCAAAAGACUCCUGAAGAAAGGAAAAAUGAAAGCUGUAUGUUUUUCUCUGCUCCUCCUGCUGCUGGCGUGUAGCUUUGGAGAGGGCCUGAAAUGCAACCGUUGUGUUGGCAAAGGCUGCAGAAACACAGUGGAGACCUGCCGUGUUGACCAUGACACCUGCGGCACGGUCUUAUUCAAGCCCCCACUCCCUAUCUCAUACUUCAAGAGAUGCAUGAAGAUGUCAGAAUGCAUGCUGCUGGGAAGCAACAAGGACAUUGAUGCCUAUUGCUGCACCACCAACCAAUGCAACUGAGAGACACAUCCUCUGUCUACCAUACUGUAUACUAUACAGUCCAUUAAUUGUACUAAUCAAUGCAUAUGAUUGAAACUGCCAAGAAGAAACAGAAAUAAAGUUGUACUUUUUUUUGCAAACA